CUGAUGUUUUGUCUAAAGCGAGAUGUCGGCAGUGAAAGAGUUUUAAGUUCAGCCAUUCGCGAACACGGUUUGUUUCCAUUACAAGCAGCCGCUGGUGAGUGGUACGUUUGCUCCAGGACUGGUGCGGCUUUACUGGGAGACGCUGCGCUCCAGAAGAUGAAACGCUAAAGAAGGACGUUAUAGCCGGAGUCUCAUCCGCGUUCACUGAUGGCCGCCGAGUCGGAAACGAGACGGAUCAACGUUUUCUUCCUGUACGAUUGCUCAAAGGUGCAGGAGGAAUGCGACCUGACCCGGGCUGGAAUAUGCUAUUUCUACCCUGAAGAUACGCCCCUGGAACACCAGGAGCUGCUGUGUGGGCAGCUGGCUGGGGUGAGCCGCUGUGUGUCGGAACUCUCCUGCUCUCCUGUCCACCUGCUUCGUCUGCGUAAGAGCAAGUAUGCUGUUCGCAUGAGGGACACCUUCCUCUGGGUGCUGAGCUGUGUAUCUGAAGUUCCUGACAUUAGUGUGUGUGAGUUCUUGGAUCAUCUAAUUGGUCUUUUUUGUUUCUACAAUGGCCCAGUCCAACAGAGCUACCAGCUCCACAGCCAGGGGGAACUGGCUUUGCACUGGGCUCGCUACAUCUCUCACCUACAGGGUGGCUCUACCGAGCUGCACCACAUCUUCAGCUGCCUGGAAACCAUCCGCUCCACACGUAUUGACCCCCUGUUGCUGUUAAAGUCUGCCCUCAUCCUGCAGGCAUGUCAGCGCUGCCCUCUAGUGUUAGCGGGCUGCCUCCUCUACCAGGGCAGAGUGCUGAGCACACAAAUGUGUCCAGAGCUCACAAGGAAGGUGAUGGUGAAUGAGACAGAGACCUAUAGCCAGGAAGACCGGCUGCAGGCCCAUGGAGUGUGCUGGUCUGGGGCCACGCCCCCCUCCAAUACAGUCACAACGCCUGUAUUCCUGACCUCCUCUGAGGUGAACACACUACGCUGCCACCCAGUGGACAACUCAUGCAGAUUUCACUGCUCCUCUCAACCUCCCGACCAACCCAAGAAGACCCCUCUACUUUCACGCACUCUCUCCGACAUAGCGAACACCGACCUGGACCCUGCUGAAUUAGAGCACGCCCUCUGUCCACCAGCACACUACCAGACACACUCCUCUCCUCAUUCCUCCCUGUCGGAUGAAGAAUCCUUCAGUUUGUGUCCCUCGACAGCCAGCACUCCUCUUCACCUUACUGUGACGAGCCAAUCAGAAGGAAGCCCUUCUGAGUCACAUGACCACAUCUUACCAAAUGGGACAUUGCUAUAUAAGGCCAUAGAGAGCAGUAUGUUUGAAGGUGGCAGCCCCGUCAGGUCAGAGGGCGAGAGGAACACAGCGGAGGUUGUAGCAGUCACAGGUGGUGACCCCGUCAGGUCAGAGGGCGAGAGGAACACAGCGGAGAUUGUAGAGGUCACAGGUGGCGACCCCGUCAGGUCAGAGGGCGAGAGGAACACAGCGGAGGUUGUAGAGGUCACAGGUGGCGACCCCGUCAGGUCAGAGGGCGAGAGGAACACAGCGGAGGUUGUAGAGGUCACAGGUGGCGACCCCGUCAGGUCAGAGGGCGAGAGGAACACAGCGGAGGUUGUAGAGGUCACAGGUGGCGACCCCGUCAGGUCAGAGGGCGAGAGGAACACUGCGGAGGUUGUAGAGGUCACAGGUCCUGAGCAGGACCAGGUUAGUGCAAUCAGCAAUGGACUUGAGUCUGGACAGGACAGCCCACCCCAACAUGACGGGGAGGGGGAGGGGACCAAAGAGAUGGAGGUGAGGGGGGGUGUGAAGGAGGAGAUGAGGGAGGGGGGGAGGAGCGGGGACUGUCGGAGCCCCUCAGGUGGGACUCUGGACUGCCUGCUGUUGUAUCAGCACAGGGUUGGGAGUCUGGUCCUCGCCGUGCUGGUGGAGCCGCACUUCAACACAGACGCCAGCGCCAAGGAGGAUGUGUACUUCAGCUGUCUGGCCUCUCUGAAUGGGCUGGAGGCUCAUCUGAGGACAACCUCCUCACAACCACCACCAGCCCAAGGACCCUACAUCUACACACACUACGACUGUGUCCAGAACACACUCACCACGAAUGUGUCUGAACACUCUUCCAGUUCUCAGGAUUCAUUUGUAAAGGCUACAGCCCUGCUGCACUCAGACUUCUCCCUCAAGGACACACUGCAGGAAGCCAUUGUUAGGAAUGCCAGCUGUGCUGUGUAUGCUACUCGCACCAAGGCACAGGAGACAUACUUUCUCCAGCAGGGCACGUCUGCCAGGAACUCUGGGAUUCCCAAUGUCCAGGAUACGGCUUUUUCGCUACCAGGCAAAGCCCGCCAACGCUUACUCAAACACGGGGUCAACCUGCUGUGAGCACAGUUCCGUCACCACCAAUACCAGCUAGGAAAUGGAUUACGUAUUAUUUUUUAUGCAUAAAUUAUAUAUUCUCUAUGUGCCCCACUUUCUUGCGAGUGCGUGCACACACACACACACCUCAAAUGAACUGUGAUUAAUAUUUAAUUAGAUAUAAAUAGUAUUUGUUGCGCUUCAAGUGAAUUAAGCACGUAUUAAUGGACUGGUAGCGCGCGGUGACAGACCACAGCAGUGGCAGUAGGCGGAGCUCGUGAGAACACGUGAUGUUUGAUCAUUGAUUUUCUAAUAAAUUAAACGAGUUUAAUUCUGA